AUGCUUAGGAGCAGCGCAGAUUUAGUACAAAAAGCUUAUCGAAGCGGUGCAAUCGCAUUAGACGAGCUCGAGACAGCGAUCCGCAAUCUGGGUUUGGAACAAACGAGAGACGAAUUGGACAAGAUUAUAGACGAGGUAGAUCAACGAGGUAAUCAUCAAAUCGAUUUUGAUGAAUUUUGUGUGGUGAUGAGGCGGUUGUACAUGAAGAAACGUAGCUGGAAUGAAGUAGUUAAAGAGUGUUUCAGCGUUUUUGAUAGGUCCGAGUCCAGCGUGAUCUCUAAAAAAGAUUUCCAGUACAUUCUCAGAGAAUUAGGCGAUAUCACCGAUAAUCAAAUAAUUGACGAAAUCUUUCUUGAGGCUGACGUUGACGGGAAUGGUCUGAUAGACUACGACGAGUUUACUUAUAUGGUGAAAAACUACAUGACAGAUGAUGAUAUCAACUAA